CUCUCUCUACUCCAAAAUCUACCUCUUUCUCUCUCUAACAUUCUCUCUCCCUAAGCGCUUUCGGUUGGUUUGUAGCUAAAAUUCGCUAGACCUUACCAGCAACUUACGCCACUCGUUAUAUGAAGACCAUCAAAAGUUCAAAACUCCUCUCCGUUCAGAACGCUAGGCUCUCCAUUUCUUUCCUUUACUUACCUGUCCCUCCUCAGAAAUACAUACAGUUGUAAAGAAUAAAACCCUAAUAUUAUCUCCAUUUUUCUUCUCCAAGACUAGGGUACUAUUUCAUCUGUUGUAGCUCUUUUCUAGUCCAUUUUGCAUACGUAGGAGUACAUACAUUUGUGGGUUGAAUGGUUUUGGGGAGAUUUGUGUUUGGUUUGGUUUCUCUUGUCUGAUUUCGUGUUUUUAUUUUCUGGAUUUGUCUCAGUUUGGGGGGAAAUUGUGUUUUUGCAAGUGUUUGCACGUUUUUGGAUCAUUUGUGUAGAUGGGUUGAAGGGAAGCUGAAACCCAGAAGGGAUUUAGAAGAAAAAAAAAACGAUUACUUUUGGGUGGAGUUGAGAGGAAAUAUGGAGUGGGAUAGUGAUUCAGAUGGAAGCGGAGAUGACGAGGGCUUUUUGUUGAAUGAUGGGGGACCGCUGUCGUUUACAAUUGGGAGCUUGCUUCAGACAUCUCCGUGUGGGUUCGUCGUUACGGAUGCUUUGGAGCCUGACCAUCCUAUUAUUUAUGUCAAUACUGGGUUCGAAUUAGCUACUGGAUAUCGAGCGGAGGAGGUCCUUGGACGGAAUUGCCGUUUCCUUCAAUACAGAGGACCAUUUGCAAAAAGGAGGCAUCCACUUGUAGACUCCACAGUUGUUUCUGAAAUCAGGAGAUGCCUUGAGGAUGGGGUUGAAUUCCAAGGUGAACUUUUGAAUUUUAGGAAAGAUGGUUCUCCCUUGAUGAACAGAUUGCGGCUGACCCCAAUAUUUGGUGAUGAUGAUACAAUAACACAUGUUAUUGGUAUCCAAUUCUUCACAGAAGCAAAUCUUGACCUUGGUCCACUGCCUGGAUCAUCAGCAAAGGAGUCUACCAAAGCAUCUGAGAGACUGCAUUCUGAUCUGUUAUGCCGUCCUGUUCCAAUUGGGCAUGGAAAUGUUUGUCGAGAGAUCUGUGGUAUGUUGCAACUGAGUGAUGAAGUCCUUGCUCUGAAGAUACUCUCACGUUUGACACCAAGAGAUAUAGCAUCCGUUGGUUCUGUUUGCAAGCGACUUUAUCAGUUAACAAAGAAUGAAGAUCUGUGGAGAAUGGUUUGCCAAAAUGCAUGGGGAAGUGAAACAACCCGUGUGUUAGAGACGGUGCCUGGGGCAAAAAGGCUAGGUUGGGGCCGGCUGGCAAGAGAAUUAACCACUCUUGAAGCUGCAGCAUGGAGGAAAUUAACUGUUGGAGGUGCUGUAGAGCCUUCUCGUUGCAACUUUAGUGCAUGUGCUGUUGGAAAUCGGGUUGUUCUUUUUGGAGGGGAGGGGGUUAAUAUGCAACCAAUGAACGACACAUUUGUAUUGGACUUGAAUGCUAGUAACCCAGAGUGGCGACAUGUCAAAGUGAGCUCCCCACCACCUGGCCGGUGGGGUCACACUCUUUCUUGUGUGAAUGGAUCUCUUUUGGUUGUAUUUGGAGGUUGCGGAAGGCAGGGAUUACUUAAUGAUGUUUUUGUACUGGAUCUAGAUGCACAGCAUCCUACCUGGCGUGAAAUCUCUGGAUUGGCACCACCACUUCCCAGAUCAUGGCACAGUUCAUGCACCCUUGAUGGGUCUAAGUUGGUAGUUUCUGGUGGCUGUGCUGAUUCUGGUGUACUUCUCAGUGACACCUUCCUUCUGGAUCUUUCAAUGGAGAAACCUGUCUGGAGAGAGAUUCCAGUAUCAUGGACUCCUCCCAGUAGGUUAGGUCACACUCUCUCUGUCUAUGGUGGCCGGAAAAUAUUGAUGUUUGGUGGUUUGGCGAAGAGUGGUUCACUUAGGUUCCGUUCAAGCGAUGUAUUCACAAUGGAUCUGAGUGAAGAGGAACCAUGCUGGAGGUGUGUAACUGGGAGUGCAAUGCCUGGUACUGGGAAUCCUGCUGGUAUAGCUCCUCCUCCUCGACUUGAUCACGUAGCAGUGAAUCUCCCGGGUGGCAGGAUUUUGAUCUUUGGUGGGUCUGUAGCUGGUCUUCACUCUGCGUCCCAACUUUAUCUUUUGGACCCAACUGAUGAGAAGCCAACUUGGAGGAUAUUGAAUGUACCUGGCCGACCUCCAAGAUUUGCUUGGGGACACAGUACAUGCAUUGUUGGGGGAACGAGGGCUAUUGUUCUUGGAGGGCAAACUGGAGAGGAAUGGAUGCUUAGUGAGCUUCACGAGCUGUCAUUGGCAAGUUCUGUUAUGUGAUUCAGAAGAAAUGCAAUGGUAAGUUAUUACAAGAACAUACUCCAUGGUCAUUAUCAUCAAUUCGGAUAGAGUUGGAUGAAUGGAAGACUCUUCUUUGUCAAGGACCAAAGAAUUGGACUAUUUUGAAUGCUGAAAAAAGUGGUUUGUUGGAUGAUUGGUGCUAACAUAUACCCAUUGUUUGUUUGCUAGAACUUCAAUUAACAGAUAGGACUCUUGUCUGGACUCGUUUAUUUAUGGUUAUCUGUCAUGCAUUUUACUGUAAAAGGUAAUUCUCGUUUAGGACUUGGCAAUGAUCAGAUAAGUGAUGGCAUAGUUCCACUUUUCUUUCUGAGGUUGUAUGUGACACUGCUUUCUGUCACUAAACACUUCGCACUUGGUCCUUACCAGAUCAAUAGUGCCGUUUAGGUGGAUUCUAUCAUGCAUUUGUGUUUCUUGAUAAACGUCUGUAUAUAAGUAAUUAGUGUAUAAUCAUAUUUAUGUAAUUUGAACUUCACUAGGUGAGGUUUCAUAUUUUUCUCUUGAUAAAUAUUUUGUUCUACC